AUGGCCACUAUUUUAACCAAAACGUUAUCGCAGGUUCAUCCCAAACUACGCACUAAUGGUAUUGGUAUUGGUAACAACCACAGAAGGAUAUCUCUGGGAUUUCUUAGACCAAGUAAUCGAAAUCCCUUAGUGAGGAAAUACCGUCGCAGACGGAGAUAUGGUGGAGACCAUGCAAGCUUUAGAUCUUUGGAUGAUGAUUUCGGAAGCAGUGUUGCGCAUUCUCCAUUACUGGAAGACAUCGAUGAGUAUAUGGCUGAACCCUUGGAAGAUGGUGGUGAAUUAAGUCGGACGGUAUCACUUCCGUCAAGAGUAAGCGAGACACCAGAUAUACAAACUGACGUUGAUUGGAUCCUACAAGAACAUGAGAGAAGAUACUCAUCUGUAGAUAAUAGUGAUGAUGAAGAAACGCAAGAUGAACUCCGCCAGACCUCGGAGGAUGCCCUGGAGUAUGAUGAUUUUAUGAGAAGAGUAAGACGGCAACUGAUUGCUGACGUUGGAAGGAGAAAGAAGAGGCCGUCUUUUGUUUCUGUUAGUAGCAGAGGUUCUGUGCCGAACAUCUACGAAAUUGUGGAAGGUGAAGAAGAAGAUUUUAAAAAGGAAACUGUUACGUUCAAGUCUGAAGCGAAGGUUCUACUUUCAUAUUCUCUGCCGCUAAUAUUCACCUUUCUUUUGGAGCAAAUAUUUCCGAUGGUAUGCUCUUUGACCGUGGGACAUUUGGGAAAGAAUGAAUUAGCAGCAGUUUCAUUAGCUUCAAUGACUACAAACAUAACCUUAGCAGUAUUUGAGGGUAUUUCAACAAGUUUAGAUACCCUUUGUCCACAGGCUUAUGGUUCAGGAAACUAUAGAAGUGUUGGCAUCCACCUUCAACGGUGCAUUGCAUUUUCUUUAAUCGUUUACAUUCCUUUUGGUUUUAUUUGGUUUUUCUCAAACUAUUUUCUUUCCUUUGUUGUAAAGGAAAAGGAACUGGUUUAUCUGGCGUCUAAAUUUUUGAGAAUAGCCAUACUGGGCGCUCCAGCUUAUAUUAUGUUUGAAAACCUCAAACGUUUUUUACAAGCUCAAGGAAUAUUUGAUGCUGGGAUCUAUGUUUUACUUUUGUGUGCACCAUUCAAUGUCUUCAUGAGUUAUACACUAGUCUGGAAUUCUAAAAUUGGAUUAGGAUAUAUUGGUGCUCCAAUAGCGAUGGUGAUUAAUUUCUGGUUGAUGUUUUUCCUUUUGCUCCUCUAUGUGAUCUAUAUCGAUGGCAAGCGGUGCUGGGAUGGAUUCACAAGAAAGGCGUUUACGCAUUGGAAAGAUUUAUCUCAUUUAGCCAUUCCGGGCAUUGUAAUGCUAGAAGCGGAAGAUUUAUCAUACGAAAUAUUAACGUUGUUCAGUUCAUAUUUUGGCACAACCUACCUGGCAGCACAGUCGGCGGUAUCUACUACUGCUGCUUUAAUGUACAUGAUUCCCUUCGCUGUGGGUAUAUCCUCGUCUACCAGAAUUGCGAAUUUUAUUGGGGCAGGAAGGCCUGAAUGCGCACGCAUAGCGUCUGAGCUAGGUAUUUCGUCUUCGAUAUUUGUUGGUCUUUUGAAUUGCUCCAUUCUCAUCGCUGGUCGCCACUUCAUUGCCCGCAUCUUUUCUCGCGAUGAGGAAGUAAUUUUGUUAAUUAGCGAACUCUUGCUGUUGGUUGGUGUUGUCGAAAUUUUUGAUUCACUUAAUGCGAUUGCUGGGUCUUGCCUCAGAGGCCAGGGAAUGCAGGUUAUUGGAAGCGUCAUAAACUUGACCGUCUACUACUUAUUUGCUAUUCCUCUAGGUAUCCUUUUGGGAUGGCGUUUUGACAUGAAACUUUUUGGACUAUGGAUAGGAAUAGGUUCUGGUAUGUGUAUUAUUGGGCUGAUGGAAGGAUAUUUCGUCUUAUUUCCCAAUUGGAAUAAGAUCCUCCAAAAAGCCGAAAUGCUAAGGGAAACUGAUGAGGACGGUUCAGAAGAUGAAACCGACUUUAGUGACUCUGAUUCCGAACCAAACGAGACAACUAGCUUGUUAUAA